UGCUCGCGCUUGGCUCCCCGAGCAUAUAGUCAAAAGAGGAGAGUCCUUUGGGAAAGGGCGCAAAACACUUAAGUUUUAACAAGAAGGGGCAACGGCAAAAUCCUCCUUAUCCUGAUUUGUAUUUCAUUUGUUUAAUUAUUUUAUUUUCCUUGGACGGAGUAAGAUUCAUUCAGAUGAGAAAAGCCAAACAGGAGAAAACUUGUUGGAGCAUGAUGACAUCUCAUGUUGCGCGCUCUAUCAAGCUGUAAUAAGUCAGUCCCUGUCAUUUCUGCGAAUUGUCAACAUUAAAAUCUCUGGGCGAAGGAAAGAAGACGUAACUCAAACCUAUUUCGUUCCGGUUGUGUUUGCAAUUUCUCGCUGACUGUUCUCCUUCUUUCGCUUGGAAUUGUUUCUUGAAAGGUUCGUUAAUUCCGCCCCUGCCGUUCGUUCCGUUCACCCGCUGUGUGUGUGUGUUUGCGUGCGCCCUCGCGCGCGGAAUCUCUUCAGCUUCUCUGGUGCUCGGCAGCACGCGGACAGCGGAGAGCAAACAUACACGCGCCGCUUGUGCAGGUGGAGAGGGAGGGAGCGCGGAGAUCUGUAGUUCUGGGGGAAUUCUUCAUGUUCGGGAUACCGGAGAGUGUGCAGCGCGGCGGAAGCACUCUCAAGCAGGAGCCGCUUGGCGCCGGGAUGAAUGCCGUGAGGACGUGGAUGCAGAGCGCCGGCGUGCUGGACGCCAACACCGCCGCGCAGAGUGGAGUGGGUUUGGCCCGCGCGCACUUUGAGAAGCAGCCGCCGUCCAACCUGCGGAAAUCCAACUUUUUCCACUUCGUUCUGGCUCUGUAUGACCGACAGGGGCAGCCCGUGGAGAUCGAAAGAACAUCGUUCGUCGGAUUCGUGGAAAAAGAGAAGGAGACGACAGGAGAAAAAACGAACAAUGGGAUCCAUUACAGACUCCAGCUUCUGUACAGUAACGGCAUUAGGACGGAGCAGGAUUUUUACGUUCGUCUUAUUGAUUCAAUGACCAAACAGGCGAUCAUCUAUGAAGGUCAGGACAAGAACCCUGAGAUGUGUCGUGUGUUACUGACCCAUGAAAUCAUGUGCAGUCGGUGUUGUGACAAAAAAAGCUGUGGCAACCGGAAUGAGACCCCUUCUGACCCUGUGAUCAUUGACAGGUUCUUCCUGAAGUUCUUCCUGAAAUGUAACCAGAACUGUUUGAAGAACGCCGGUAACCCACGAGACAUGCGGCGCUUUCAGGUGGUAGUUUCAACCACAGUGAGUGUAGAAGGACAUGUUCUCGCAGUGUCAGACAACAUGUUUGUGCACAACAACUCCAAACAUGGACGAAGAGCACGGAGACUGGACCCUUCAGAGGGAACGCAGUCAUAUCUGGAACACGUAGCAGCACCUUGUAUCAAAGCCAUUAGCCCUAGUGAAGGAUGGACCACAGGGGGAGCUACAGUCAUAAUCAUUGGGGACAAUUUCUUUGAUGGAUUGCAGGUUAUCUUCGGCACAAUGCUGGUCUGGAGUGAGCUCAUCACCCCUCAUGCCAUCCGGGUGCAGACACCUCCCCGGCACAUCCCUGGUGUUGUUGAGGUUACGCUUUCCUACAAGUCAAAACAGUUCUGCAAAGGGACCCCAGGCAGAUUCAUUUACACAGCUUUAAAUGAGCCCACCAUUGAUUAUGGUUUCCAGCGGCUACAAAAGGUCAUCCCUCGACAUCCUGGAGACCCAGAGCGCUUGCCAAAGGAAGUCAUUUUGAAGAGAGCAGCAGAUCUGGUGGAGGCGUUAUACGGAAUGCCUCAUAACAACCAGGAGAUCAUACUGAAGCGGGCUGCUGACAUAGCUGAGGCACUCUACAAUGUACCACGCAACCAUAAUCAACUAACAGGGCUCACCAACAGCUCUGUCCAUGCCAGCAUGAUGGGGGUGAACUCCUUUACCGGACAAAUCACUGUUAAUGUGUCUGAGACUUCUCAAGGAGGCAAUCAGGGCUUUAAUCGAAACACAAGCAGCGUGUCUCCUCAUAGUUAUGUGCCGAGCUCAACACCACAGCAGAGCAGCUACAGUACUGUGGCUACCAGCAUGAACGGCUAUGGCAGCACCACCAUGAGCAACCUGAGUGGAUCACCCAGCUUCCUCAAUGGCUCAGCGGCCAACUCUCCAUAUGCCAUUGUUCCUUCCAGUCCCACCAUGGCCUCAUCCACCAGUUUGCCAUCCAACUGCAGCAGCUCCUCUGGAAUUUUCUCCUUCUCUCCAGCUAACAUGGUGUCAGCAGUGAAGCAGAAGAGUGCAUUUGCGCCUGUGGUGCGGCCACAGAGUUCUCCUCCACCCACAUGCACCAGCACCAAUGCCAACGGCCUCCAAGAUCAGUCUUUUGUGGACUCUAACAAGUACUCCACUGCCAGUGCACUCCAGGGCUUGGCGUUCUCCUGAACAACAGCAGCAGCAAUCCCUGGAAUGAUUGUUCCUCCUAUGUAGUGUGUGUGUGUGUGUGUGUGUGUGUGUGUGUGUGUGUGUGUGUGUGUGUGUGUGUGUGUGUGUGUGUGUGUGUGUGUGUGUGUGUGUGUGUGUGUGUGAGUGUGUGUGUGUGUGUGUGAGAGAGAGAGAGAGAGAGAGAGAGAGAGAGAGAGAGAGAGAGAGAGAGAGAGAGAGAGAGAGAGAGAGAUGGGGAAAGCCCAGGACACACUCUUUCCCAGUAAUGGCCUCCCUGUAUGUGUACAGAAGACUCCGGUUGUUGACUGACCCAACAGUUACUCUCUGAAGGAUCACUUUAAACUCAGGCCCUUUUUUAAAAAUAGAAUCACCUUUGAAAUGAUAGAAUAAAAAAAACACAUCCUGGACUAUUGUAUGAAGUUUUGGUGUUGAAGUUUGUAUGGAACUGUAGACAAUUUUUAAUACAAGGGGUACACACAGCUCUUUAAACCCCACAACUAGAACAGUUCUAUUUAUUUUAAAUGUUGGUUUUUGGUUUAACAUUCAAUUUCUGUGUUUGUGAAAGGAAAAUGAAAUGUGAGACAUAAGGGACAUGAGCUACAAUGUUUUCUAUUUAUGAUUUUGUAUGGUAAAUGAAGGAUUAUUGAAAAUGAAGGCUAUAUGAAAACUUCACCCCAACAUGGAACUUUAUUCAAAAGCCAAAUUAAUCAGAAAGUAGAAUUUAUAAAAAGGGAGCAAAACAAAGAUGAAUUGCACUGAUUUUUCCUUAGCAUAAUUCUCUAGCCAUCAACUUUACCGAUUCAGAUUGAUUUACAAAGUUUUUCAUGGUAAUCAGGGUCACACAAUGCAAAAAAAAGCCUUUUCUUAUUGUUAUUCCCAGCUAUGUAGAUUAAAUCGUAUUUCAUCACACCAUAUCUUAUCAUGUGAAAACUGUGAGGAACUACUAUUCCUCAGACAAAGUGAAUAAAAAAAAGAAUAGUUUAUUCAAAACUGUGAAUUGUGUUAAAGCUUAUUGCAAACAUAAAAUACAAUGCUUUUUGUGCCACUGUUACAAGACCCCAAAAUUUCAGUGGUUUAUUGUGUACAAACAACCAAGACGUUCAGUUAAGAUGAUUUUUCAAGACAUACAAAAAAGAUUAUAUGCCAGAGCAACAAGUAAUCUCACAGGUAAAAUAAAAUAAAAUGCAAUACACAAACAAUGUGUGACCAUGCAGACCGAGAAGCAGAAACGUAACUACAUAAGUAUGUUAUCUUUUCAUUGAAAACAAUCAACAGGGGAUUGUCUUUUUCAAGAAUGAAAUGCUGUUAGAAGUAAAUGUAAUGUAAUUAAUGUAAUGUUACAUUUAACUCACACCUGUGGACGUCAUGCCACACUGAAAUGCAAUCACUGACCAAUCACAGUGUCAUGCCUUAAUUGUUUUUAAGCUGGUUUCUUUUAUUUUUAGAUUAUUUUUGUAUUGUGCAUGUAACAUAUGCACAUGUAUUUCCUGCCCUGGAGAAUAUCUGCAGCUGAUCACUUCACAUUCAUUCAUUCGUUCAUUCAGAUUCAAUAAGCAGUUUACUCUGUUCAGGGUCACUGUGGGCACAAUCUCGGGAACGUAGCGCACAAGACAGUGAUACACCGUGGUUUCAGUUUUUUUUAAUGAUUGUUAUUUCACAGUGAAAUUUAAUACACAUACAGCCUUGCAUUUUAUUAUUGAUGGGGACAAUGUCAACAGUCAAUUAUGGCAUUGAUCAGUUUCACUGAGAAAUGUAAUCAUACUCCUCACUUACUUUGAUAUUAUGUCCAAUAAAUUCUGUACUCCUUGUUUACUUUGACACUGGUAAUACAACUAGAUUAUAUUCCUCUGAGGUGUGAGUAUAUAUUAUUAGGUAACUAAUGUGAAACUAUAAAUGGAUGUUAAUUUUGCUUGGAUGGAAAAAGUAAAGCUCAAACAACAAGACACAGUUGUAACCACUUCUACAACUGUACCUCAGCUUACUGAUUCCCAUUCAGCAUGGCACAGAUCCUACAUACUGGUGUAAGUACAUUACAGUACAAUCAGUUACAUUUAUGGCAUUUGGCAGAUGCCCUUAACCAGAGCGACUUACAUUUAUAUCUUUUUAUACAACAGAGCAGUUGUGGGCUAUUGGGUCUUGCAAACAUGGCAGCUUGGCAGUGCUGGCACUUGAACUCGUGACCUUCUGAUCAGUAGUCCAACAAUCAGUAGUGAUUGUUUUUCUUUAAUGAGAUAAGGUUGUUCUUUUCAGCGUGGAACAUGGCACUAAUAAGAAGCAAUGCCAUUAUUGUGUACCACUUAAUUUUAAUGUUUUUUCACUGUUGUGAUUACUGUGAUUGCUUUUAGAUCUGGCAUGGAGUCUUCUCCAGAGUUCUUCAAAAUAAUGUACUUCUUUUUUAAUCAAAGAUUUCAGGAUAUUGAAAUGAACUUCCCAAUGGAAAAAAAUGAGCUUCCUAUUCAAUGCUUUAAAUUCUCCAGAAAUCUCAAAUCAUCACCAAACAUCAAAUAGCAAAAACUGUCUAUGCAUCAAUGAUCAAGCCUAAAAUGCAAUAUUGCAAUUGUCAAAGAAAACAGUUGCCAAGCUAGAACCUCUACUCCUCUUUGCACACCAUUUUUAUUUCAGUUGCCAUGAGAUCUUUCAUUAAUACACAAACAUACAAGAAUGCACAAAAUCAAAUUUCACUGCCCAGGGGUAUGCAUACCCUAAAAAAUGUCAGAAUUAUUUUUUGCCACCAUUUACAAAGUGUUUAUAAAGGAAUGUGCUUUUCUGCCUAUGCCAUUUCUGAUUAAAUGUUUGCUUGAAUUUUCUUUAGAUAUUUUGUGAACAAACUGUGAUUGCAUUUGGUUUUUCAGUAGUAGAGUCCCUUAUACCCUGAGUAUACAAAUGCAGGAUUUGACUGUGAGAAUGUUUGGGAAAAGCUUAGAGUUAGUGUUAGCUGAUUUAAUGGGUUAAUGUUGGACCUAUGCUGUUUCUAAUUAAGGCAGGAGUUUACCAGAUUGGCUGAAUAAUACAUCAGAGGGGAAGAAUGAAUUAUCUGGAAUUCGAAUGAGAGCAGCUUGAGCACUGUGAAAGUUACAGCCCCUCUUACUAAUCAUAGAAUAUCACAAUUCAUUCUUGCUAUAUUUUUUUUUGUUUUUUUGUACAAGUUAAUAAGUAUGCAAAUUUGUUUUGCUAGAUUUUCUCUUUUACUUUGCCAAAGUGAUUGUUUGAAAUAUAUUUAUACUUCAGAAAGAAGGCAGCUUUAUACAACUACUUGCAAUUAUACGUCUGAUCUCAUGGAGCAUCGAGAUUUUAUCGAAAUGGAUUAUGUAAAAUACCCAUCUAGCAUAAUGUACAUUACACUUACAUUUUAUACAUUGCUUUUAUUUGUUGAUAUAUUCAUGAUUGUUAUGCUAUGAUGUGCAAUUUUUUUUGUCACAUUUCUGUCCAAACAUUGUGAUUUUGUGUCCUUCAUCAGUUUCAUGUUUAGGAUAACACUCAUAUUGUUAAUCCCAUGUACAUGAGGCCAAGGCUUUAUUUUUAUACCAUUUGUAAGUUAAUAAAACUUUGUCUUACAUUUUAUGUUACAUUUUUGUAUCUUGUGGCAAAAUUGUGAAAUAUUACAUUCAUGGACCUUACUCACUCAGUCAAUCUCCUGAAUAUGAAUAUAACUGAUCUAUACUUUAUUUUGCUUUGCUUCACAUUGCUGAGAUGUUUUUGAUGCACACCAUGUACAAUAUCUUUUUCUUUUUAAUUAUUCAUGUAUAUUUGUACAUACGUACAAAGUUUUCUUGCAUCUACCAGCAGUUAAAAUGCCUUCACAAUGCAGAGGCUCACCUGUAAUGUGUUGCUGUGGAUUUGGCUGGCUAGGUUGUCAAAAAGUGAAAAAAGUCACUUGGCAAAGGAGAAGUGGUGCAAACAGCACAAAAUCCCAUCAAAAUCUGACAAGUUACUGAUGUUUUUGUAAAGUUCCUGAACUGCCAUUUUUUUUCACACAUAAUACUCUCAGAAUUAUGUGAUCUUCUGAACUGGUUUCUUUCCGGUAACCUUGCCAUAGAUUUUCUAUUUAUUUAUUUAUUUUAUUAAACAUUUUUUCAAUUAAUAUCAUCCACUAUUCAUUUAGGAGGAAGAGCAAUUGUCCCUGAAACCCAAUUUCAAAUUAUUUGACCCUUUUAUUCCCACAAAUUGUUAUUACCUGGACAUUACGUGUGUGUGUGGGUGUGUGUGUGUGUGUGUGUGUGUGUGUGUGUGUGUGUGUGUGUGGUUAUAUAUUGCUGGGAAGGGAAAUGAUAUAAAGUCUAAGCUACUGUAAAAACGAUCAUUUUCUAAUGAACUGUAAGAUAACUUUUCAACUUUCACAAUAUUUAAUUAAAGUUCCUUCUUGUCUGUG